GCCUUACGUCACUGCCCUGCGACAUAAUGUUUUCGUUUUCGUUGGAUUCGUACCAUAAUACAUAUUCAUAUUAGACUUUAGCAGGUUUUUAAUCCUUUCAUUUCACCAUACUAUAAUCGUUUUGAUUGGGGUUCACGUUGUGGUACCCUACCAGAUGAGACCAACAUGAGCGGGGGUUUGGCACCAAGUAAGAGCACUGUGUAUGUGUCGAAUCUGCCUUUUUCUCUGACCAACAACGACCUUCAUAAGCUUUUCACCAAGUAUGGCAAAGUUGUGAAGGUUACAAUUGUAAAGGAUAAAGAGACACGCCAAUCUAAAGGAGUGGCGUUUGUUCUCUUUUUGGACAAAGAAUCAGCCCAAAACUGUUCACGAGCAUUAAACAACAAAGAGCUGUUUGGCAGAACAGUGAAGGCAAGCAUUGCUGUUGACAACGGGCGUACAACUGAGUUCAUCCGCAGACGGAACUACCAAGACAAGACAAAAUGCUACGAGUGUGGGGAUCCGGGACACCUGAGCUAUGCGUGCCCUAAAAACAUGCUGGGUGAGCGAGAACCACCAAAGAAGAAAGAGAAAAAGAAGAAGAAAAAGGCAGGACAGACGGAUCAUGUUGAAGAAGAGGAAGAAGAAAGUGAGGAAGAGGGAGGUGAAGACCCAGCUCUGGACAGCCUAAGUCAAGCUAUAGCAUUCCAGCAAGCUAGUCUGGACAGCGAACGGCAACGCAAGAGGAACAGGGAACAAGCGGCUGCCCUUAACGACGACAGACCUCAAGCCUCCACCUCUGACGACUCCAAGAAACCCCGGAUCAAAAAGAGUGCAUACUUCAGUGACGAAGAGGAGCUCAGUGACUGAUCCUGUGGGGAUUGAGGUCAUAGGCUGUGUGUUAAAUGUAGCCUACAUAUUUAAUCGUUUUAUACUGAAUGCCCCUUUUUUAAUAUGUAUUGUUUCGGUUGAAUAAGGUGUCAGGACUGUGGAAAACAGAUGUCUCACAUUUGGAGUAAAAUGUGUAAUAUUAGCUCUUUUCCAUUCCAUGUAAAUAGUGUUUUUUUGUAUGGAUUACCUAAUUUAGUCUUAUGCUGGCCAAUAAACUGUUCAUAGAAAACUAAGUA